AUGGUUUCCUCUUCUCUCUCUCCUCUGGCCGCGGCCUUGCUGCUUCUUUCCCCCAAUGUUGCCGCAACCCCUAUUUCUAAUGCCCAAAACAGCAAGUACACCCACCCUCUCGGUAUCCCCGAGGUGCAGCCCCAAGCACUCCUAUUCGAAGGUCCCGCGCCGCAGAUCCACGAGCUCUCGAUCGACGCUCUCAGCCAGCAAAACGCCACCGAAAUCCCCGCCUUCAUCCCCGAGGGUCUACACGUGGCGACCGAGGACGAGGAAGCCGAACUCAGCAGGCGCUUCAUCAUGGGCGCGGACAACCGCGUCCUGUGGACGGACCGGUCGUACCCCUUCUCGGCGAUGGGCAAGAUCGAGUGGAACACGGGGGUGUUCUGCUCGGGGGCGCUGAUCGGGCCGCGCCACGUCGCGACCGCGAAGCACUGCGCGCCCAUCGGCCAGACGGGCGUCAGCCUGCGCUUCCGCCCCGCCUUCUACGACGGCGACCAGUUCCCCAGCGCCGCCGUCACCACCAUCUACCACCUACCGGGUUACUCCGUCAACGACCCGGACGCCAACGCCUGCGACAUCAAGGAGGACUGGGCCAUCUUCAUCCUCGACGCGCGCCUCGGCGACCAGCGCGGUGGCCUCGGCGCCAAGGUCAUCGACCAGGGGCUCAUCGGCAAGAACGAGCUCCUCCACCUUGGAUACCCUGGUGAUUUGGCGAACGGCCAGCGUCCGUACCGCCAGGAUAGGAUCACCAUCGCCAACCGCUUCGACUGCGAUGCGACUGGUGGGCUCUCGACCGAUGCUGAUGUUGCGGGAGGACAGAGCGGCGGCCCUAUCUGGCAAAACAUCGACGGAACCCGCCUCCAACUCGGCGUCCUGAGCGCAGGCAGUGCCACGGAGAGCGUCUUCGCCGGCGGCAACAACUGGCUUAAUGCCAUUUCCAUCGCCCGCAGGGAUUUCCCUUAG